UUCCCUGUCCAACAAUCUCCUCACAGGUUCUGUUCCAGUAGGAGUGCUCACACGAAUUACCAGCCUGCAAAAGCUCGACCUGGGGUACAACAAGCUAGUGGGAACCGUGCCUGCAGGCAUCACUGGCUUGACUGCCAUCACCAGCAUUGACCUGAGCAACAACGACCUGUCUGGCCCGCUGCCAACGAGCAUCAGCGAGAUCACCACCCUCAAGGCCCUCAAUCUAAAUGGCAAUGAGUUGACCGGCUCAAUACCUUCGCAAUACUCCACUCUCACCGAGCUUAAAAUUCUCAAGCUCUGUUGCAACCAGAUCAGCGGCACCCUGCCCACUCUUCUCGGAGGUCUGUUGAAGCUGGAAACCCUUGACCUGAGCAACAACCGUCUGCAUGGAACCCUCCCCACUCAGUUCACUGGCCUUGUCCGCCUCACUCUCCUAAACCUGCGCAACAACCAGCUGACAGGCCCCAUACUGCAGCCCAUCCCAGCAUCACUCACCGUCUACAAUCUCGAUCUCAACUACUUCUCCUCAGGCUUCUCCUCCCCGCCUAACUGCUCCCAAGGCGCCAUCUCCUUCCGCUUCAACUGCCUUGAAACCCCCACCCAAGGCUUCUCCUGCCCCACGCCUGCCACGCCCUCUGCUGCGGAUGCAGCGGUGCAGCGGCCGGAGGAACUCUGUAAUGCCUUCUGUGGCGUGAGUGCUGCCGAUCCCCCAUGCAGCGGGCAUGGCUCGUGCUAUGCGGCCGGCCCAAACAAAGUACCCACGUGUAACUGCGAUUCCGGAUUUGUCAACGGGGAGCUUCCUGGAAGCUGCGUUCCUGAAGGAAGUGACCCAGUGGACAUUGUGCCAACAGCAGCACAGACAGCAGUCAAAGGGCAGGCAGCAGUGGCAAGCAACGGGCGCAUCACGCUCACAGCCUCUCAGCCCAACACGUGGGGCGCAGCGUUUUUCAAGCUCCCCGUCUCGCUCUUCUCCUUUUCCCUCAAAGCCGGUGCCUGCGGUCGCCCCUUCGCCUUCACCGUCUAUUUCUCCUUCUCCAUUCUCAAGCCUACCACAGCCAACGCUGCUGCAGAAACAGGGGACGGGUUUGCGUUUGUGAUUGCAGCGAGUGACACUGUAACAGGCGGUAGCAGCGGCAGUAGCGACGGCAGUGGUGGUGGCGGCAGCUUGGGGUAUGCAGGCAUGGAUGAGCGCAGCAUAGCCGUGGAGUUUGACACUUCUAAGAGCACUGAUGCCAACGACCCAGACAGCAACCACGUGGGGCUCAGUGUCAAGGGAAAAACCACCUCCAUCGCAACAGCCAAAGCAGGCCUUACUCUCAAGGACGGCACUCCAAAACACGCCUGGGUUGUAUUUGACCCCUCUCCUUCCUCCUCUACUUCCACCACAGCUGCCAACGCCGCUAUUGCUAAGGGCACGGGGUCACUGCAAGUGUUCCUCUCGGCCAAGGCAUCCCCCCAACCGAGCAAGGCAGUGCUGUCGGUGCAGGUGUCUCUGUGCCAGUACCUCAAGCCCACCAAACAGGAGGAUUCGUUCCUCAUGGGCUUCACUGCUUCUGCCUCUGACUCCCCACAGCAGCACUCCAUCCUCGCCUGGACCAUCAACGCAGGCCUGCCAGAAACAACCACUCUCAAAGACCAGCAGUUUGGGUUCCAAUUAAGCGAGGCAUCCCUAAAGCCAGUGGGGGCUAACCCUUUCUUCCGCUAUGCCAGUGGGGGCGUGCAGCCUCUGCAGGCGCCAGCAGCAGGAGGAGGGGAGGACGAGGAGGUGUGGGUUGUGAGCCAGGCGUUCUCCUGGGCCGACCUGGGUUUGCCUUGGCCCGUUAAAAACCAGGGUCCCUGCGGCGACUGCUGGGCGUACGCGGUGGUGGGCAGCAUAGAAAUGGCCUACAGCAUUCUCUCCAACCUCUCCGCCGUGCCGCUCCUCUCCGUCUCCCAGCUGCGUGAAGCCCUCGGCUCCUCAUGCUCGCAGGGCAACUCGCCCUCCCAGGCCUUCCAGUAUCUCAUCACUCUCAAUGCCAAGAGCAACAUUGGGCUGACGGAGGAAGGGAAGGGGGGGGCGGUGGUUAGCGGGGGCGGGGGAAAUAAGAAAGGCAGCACGAGCCCAAGUCCGCUCUGUGGAAUUCCUGUCUUUGCUCAGCUUGUGAAAGUGCUUGGGAUCUCGUGUGGUGGUCCACGCCGCACCACUGGGUCGAGCAAGCCAUCGGGGGGGCCGUUCAGAGUGAACGGGUUUGAGCGCACGGCGUUCCAUGGCUGGUUUGGGCUGCUGCUGGCCGUGCAGCGACAGCCCGUGGUGGUGCAUGUGCAGGCCACCGCCCCCUCCUUCCUCAACUACGAUGGGCUAUCCAAGUACGCGGACCCAGAAUGCUUCACAUACAACCUGAACCACGUGGUGCUGCUGGUGGGCUAUCGCCUCACCGGCUCAGACCCCACCUUCCCGCACAUGGCGCCGCCCUUCUGGAUCAUCCGCAACUCAUGGGGCGCACAGUGGGGUGAUGGCGGGUACAUGCGGAUGGACAUCCAGGGGGGCGAUGGCGUGUGUGGGAUCAACACGCUGCCUGGGAUCUACCCGGUGGUGCGCGCUGCUGCCGACCCCUGCAACGUCAACAGCAUGAGCAAGGAGGAGUUUGGGUCGCUGUUCAACCCAUGUGGCAACUUCACAUGCGCUGUUGAUGGAAGCAGCAACCGCUGCGAUUGCAACGACCCGCGGUUUAUCGAGGCUCGCAAUCCUGACAACACACGAACUUGUGCUUACAGUGAGCAUUCUUAUUCUCUUCUUUCUUUUCAUUGCGGAUGUGCACGACCAUAA